GAAGAAUUCGAAGACGCUGAUGAUGAUUUCUUUGAUGAAGAGGAAGACGAGAUCAGACAAAGGCAAGACUACAGAAAGUCAAUGGCAGCUGCCACAUUUAAUUUCGACCUAUUCGAUAUUGAUGACCCUGACAACACAGUGACUCAAGUGUUGUUAUACUUAGAGCAUCAGACUGUGCAAGUUAUUUCUACUAUUCAAGAUUUGUUGUCGGCCAUCAAAAAACCAGAUGCCACCAGAGGGGAAUUGCGAGAAAAUUCUGGCGCCAUUUCGGAAGUUAUCAAACAAAUGACCGAAGCUACCAACACAUCCAUGAAUCAAACAAGGAACUACCUGUUGAGAGAGCAUGGAAGUUGGGUUGUCAAAAGCUUAGAAGAUUGCAAUCAUCGCAUGAACGCUCUCUGUAAGCCCAACACAGAAAAGCAAGAUGUGGAAUUCGCAGACAGGCAUUUCAAACAGAGACUUGCGGGAAUUUCGUUUGAUAUUGCAAAAUGUACAAAGGAAUUGGUAAAGACCGUCGAAGAAGCAAGCUUGAAAGAAGAUAUUGCACAUUUAGAUGCCCGUCUUAAUCAUCCAGAUGAUUUG